GGGGCCAAGCGCCGCGGCUCCGCCCCCGGGCUCCGCUGGUCUUCCACCCCACGGUGAGGUGGGCUUCGUGCAGGAGCUGAAGAGCGAGCGGCGAGCGGCGAGCGGCGAGCGGCUCCCGAGGAGCGAGCGGAGUUCGGCGGCAGCCCGCGUGCUCUGUCCCUCAGGGCCCGGCGUUAUCCGCGAGGCAGCCGUCGGCGGGCGGGCGGGCGAUGGCGGCGCGGGGGUCGCGGCGGCGCGCGCUGCGCCUGCUCUUGAUGGUGCAGCUGCUGGCGGGGCGCUGGCGGCCGGCCGGGGCGGCGCGGGGCGCGCGGGGAGGGUUGCCUGAACUAUCCUCUGCUGCAAAACAUGAAGACAGUUUGUUUAGGGAUUUAUUUGAAGACUAUGAAAGGUGGGUUCGUCCUGUGGAACACCUGAGUGACAAGAUAAAAAUCAAGUUUGGCCUUGCAAUAUCUCAGUUAGUAGACGUGGAUGAGAAAAACCAGCUAAUGACAACAAACGUCUGGUUGAAGCAGGAAUGGAUAGAUGUAAAGUUAAGAUGGAAUCCCGAUGACUAUGGUGGAAUAAAAAUUAUACGUGUUCCUUCAGACUCUCUGUGGAUCCCAGACAUCGUUUUGUUUGAUAAUGCAGAUGGACGUUUUGAAGGGGCCAGUACGAAAACAGUUGUCAGGCACAAUGGCACUGUCACGUGGACGCAGCCAGCAAACUAUAAAAGUUCUUGCACUAUAGAUGUUACUUUUUUCCCAUUUGAUCUCCAAAAUUGUUCCAUGAAAUUCGGCUCGUGGACGUAUGAUGGAUCCCAGGUUGAUAUAAUCCUAGAGGACCAAGAUGUUGACAGAACAGACUUUUUUGACAAUGGAGAAUGGGAAAUUGUGAGCGCGAUGGGGAGCAAGGGGAACCGGACGGACAGCUGCUGCUGGUACCCCUACAUCACAUACGCCUUCGUGAUCAAGCGGCUGCCUCUCUUCUAUACCCUAUUUCUUAUUAUACCCUGCAUCGGGCUCUCAUUUCUCACUGUGGUUGUCUUCUAUCUCCCUUCAAAUGAAGGUGAAAAGAUUAGCCUGUGCACUUCGGUGCUUGUCUCUCUGACUGUCUUCCUUCUGGUCAUUGAGGAGAUUAUACCAUCAUCUUCCAAAGUCAUACCUCUGAUUGGGGAGUACUUGGUAUUCACCAUGAUCUUUGUGACCCUAUCCAUCAUGGUGACUGUCUUUGCCAUCAACAUCCACCACCGCUCUUCUUCCACACACAAUGCUAUGGCGCCUUGGGUCCGGAAGAUAUUUCUCCACAAGCUUCCCAAACUACUGUGCAUGAGAAGCCAUGCAGAUAGGUAUUUCACCCAGAGAGAAGAAGCUGAGAAUGGCGGUGGACCUAAAUCUCGGAAUACUUUGGAAGCUGCGCUCGAUUGCAUUCGCUACAUCACGAGGCACGUGGUGAAAGAGAACGACGUCCGAGAGGUUGUUGAAGAUUGGAAAUUCAUAGCCCAAGUUCUUGAUCGGAUGUUUCUAUGGAUGUUUCUUCUGGUUUCAAUCAUUGGGACUCUAGGGCUGUUUGUUCCUGUUAUUUACAAAUGGGCCAAUAUAAUAGUCCCAGUUCACAUUGGAAACACAAUUAAGUGAAACCAAGAAACUACACUGUGGAUUUAGUGAGCAGUCAUGCAGCUCUUAGGACACGUAUGCCAUUAUGAAAAUAUUUACAAUUUGAUAUAGGCUGUAACAGAUUAGCAGUUUCUGACAUUGGCUUAAUGUUGUCCAUUAGAACUGCUGUAACAAUCCUGAGUAGCAACAUUGUCCACCCGCACUAGUGAAGGCCUUUGCACCUUGGCAAAUCCUACUAACUUGCAACCAUGAUGAAGGCCAUCCUUGGAGUGCUGGAAAAAUCCAACUAUAUUUGAAGACUGUUUAAAACUUUUCCCCAAAUUUAGUAAAAGCAUAUAUUUGUGUGGUUUUGAAUUUUCAGAAUGGGUCUUGUUACAUUGUCCAGGCUGGCCCUAAACCUCCUGAGUAGCUGGGACUAUGGGUGUGUUCCAUUUUGCCCUGUUCUGUAUUCAUGGAUACAGAAUACAUAUACAAAAUACAUCGUACUUUUAUAGGAGGCAAGCCAAUUACUUGGUUUAAUAAUAACUAUUGCUGUGAAGAGACACCGUUACUAGCAACUCUCAUAAAGGAAAACAUUUAAUUGGUGCUGACUUACGGGUUCUGAGGUUUAGUCCAUUAUCGUCACAGCGGAAACAUGGCAGCUUACAGACAAACAUGAUGUUGGAGCCAAGAGUUCUUUACAUCUGGAUUGACCGGCAGCAGGAAGAGAGAGUGAGCUACUGGACCUGGCUUGGACUUUUGACACCUCCUAGUAGUGCCACUCCCUGGUGAUCAAGCAUUCAAUCUAUGGGCCUAUGAGAGCCAUUCCUAUUCAAACCACACUUGAUAUGUUAUUCUUUACUGACAUUUUUAAUAUGUGAAAAUGGUUAAUUAGAAACUCCUUGAGUUCACCUUAUUCUUCAUAUGGUAAUAUGGAAUGGCUUUUGUGUUAACUAAUUUUGCAGUUUGCCUUCCACUGAAAACAUAUAACAGGUCACUCCUGCAGUGGCAUAUUCUUUGUAAUGACUUCAGUCCCCUCAUCCACAUUCUCUGGUUAGGAGAUCUACUUAUGUACAUUAUUUAUCCCCAGUUUCAGAAUAAUACUGCAGCUGCACAGAUUCCCAUCUCAAAAGGGGAUGCCAUGUCUCUGUCUUGAUAAUUCUGUGGAAAAACCAUUCUGGGCUGGAUAUGCUGUCUCAUACCUGUCAUCUCUACUUUCAGGAGGCAGAGGGAGGGGAAUUGCUGUGAGUUGUAGGUCAGCCUGGAUUACAGUGUGAGACCCCGUCUCAAAAGCCAAACAAACAAAAAUUGCCUUCUGAGUUGAUGUAAGCACACUGUCGCAUCUUUGAGUGUCUCAGUCAUCUUUCACCCCAAAUAUAAUCGUCAAAUCUUAGAGCGAAACGCCUUAGAUAUAGGUUAGCUAGCCUAUUACUAGGUAUGAUAUCAGUCAGUACAGUAUAAUGUAACAUGGGUAAAACAGUUAAACUUCAGCCCAAGUGCCCCAUUGCAUUUGAGUCACAACACUUAGUUGUAAAGUUAGCAACUUCCUCAGUUAUUAAUAAUAUAAUCAAUGGCUUAAAUUCAAGUCCGCAUUCUUUGGGAGGCAGGAUGGACCCUGUCGAGUUUUAUUUUAUUGAGAUUAUUGUGCUUGCUACUGUUAGAGUGAGUGAAAGUCUGUACUGUAGUUUAGUAAAUGUCCCUCAAAGGCUCAUUGUUGAAAGCUUGGUCAUGGUGGGUUGGGGAGGCAGUGAGAUCUUUAGGAGUAGAGGGGGCUCUAGCUCUAGAGGGGGGAAAGCUAGGUCUCUAGGGGUAUUGAGGGUAUUGAGACCCCAGCUCUUCCUUUUGCCUCCCAGGCACCAUGAGGUGGACAACGUGGCUCCACUCUUGUGUCCCUCAGUGUUAUAUACUGUCUUGACACUGAUCUCAAAGCAGUGAGCCAACCAGUCAUGAACUAAGGCCUCUGCAAGCAUGAGCAACCACAAAGCUUUCUCUUAAUUAUCUCAAGUAUUUUCUUGAUUGUCUCAAGUAUUUUUUCCCAUAGUAACAGAAAGCUAAUAGACUAUUAGUACUCCAAAGUGGAAUCUCUGGUGUGACUUCUGCUGUGGAGUCUACUAGUCAUUCUAGACUUCUAAAAAGGUAGGACUAGAACAAACAAACAGUUCUGCCCAAGGUCAGCUUGGAAAACCAAUGAGUUUACUGUGGCUACUUGUAGGAACCUGGGGGAGGGGCUUCUUCCAGCAUCACAGAUGACUUGGGAAGCAGAACCAUGGGAAGCCCACCUAGCCUGGGUCACAGCUUUUACAACCCACAGGCUUUCCUCUUUCCCAGCAGUUGUUUGCUAUUUUUAAAAACUCAGGAAUGAAUCUUCAGAGUCUGUUAAGUCCUGAGAGUUUCAUGAAUCUUGUGAGCGUCCCUCUUCCCCCUAGAAGGGAAUGUUUCAAUCUGAAGGAUACAGCCACAUGACAGGGUGGGUAGUUACUGUGAUGAUAAGUGAUGGUGUAGCUCUGAAGCCUUUGGAUUUGAUCUGUACAAAGAAUCUGGAAAGGUUUAAAGAAAUGGGCUAGAGAAAGCCUAGGACGUAUAAACAUGGAUCAAUAGGCACUUGUAUGAGGACUUAAGACCAAACCAGACAUGCUAUUACCAACGUUCUAGCCGCCCUUCAGAACUUGCGGGUAAGGCCUUAUUUCUGAAGUAGUGCCUACUCAAGUCUUGGAACAUGAAAAGAUGGAUCUGGUACUGACUUGGAAGGCUCAUCCCGACUGGACCGCUUUCAUAGUGCUGGAAGGUGCUACAAAAGCUACAGAGGACAAACGCAAUCACCAACUGACUGUGAACCUUAUGAACUAUAAUAACAGCUGCCUGGCAAGAUUCACUCUCUGGCACCAUAGCAUGUGAACAUCACAAGAGUGCCCAACCACUUUCUGUUGGCAGUUGCUAGACACUGGGAGGAGAGCUAGGUUUCUCUAACAGAGUAGCCCCUGGUAAGGACCACAUUCCAGUGGGAGGCCAUACACCCAAGACUGCUUGGGCAACACAAAUUGGUCUUGAUAAAUGCAUUUUUUUAUCAUCAUUUUUAAAGGGCACAAAGUUGAAUGAGUCAAGAAGGGAGAGUGGGUCUGGGAAGAGGUAAGAGGAGGUGAUGAGUAUGAUCAAAAUAUGUAUUCUCAAUGAGUAAAAUAUAUAUUUUAAAAGUGAAGCCAAGUGCUUGGCACCAGGAUAAUAAAAUACUGUGAAGGCGU